UUUGCCUCUCGGGAGCGCGCAGAGCGGCGACGCGCGUGGAGUUUAUUCGCCAACGCACUCAAACUUUGCCGUUAUUCUGUGUGUACGGUCGCGUGUCACGGUGUGAAGGGAAAAUAGCGAGUGACGGGCAGUUAAACGGAUUAAGACGGUCUGGCGAGAGAAAGAAUGAGAGACGCGCGAGAGAGAUAGAGAGGGUGAGGAUGAAUAAUCCAGCUAAUCCAGGCCAAUCCCAGCAUUCAGUCUUCUCUGAGAGCACAGACAAAACACAGCGGAUCACACACAUCUGAUGCGCUUUAGACCCGCUGUUUUGGGGGAUUUUGGGACGCCGGAGGCAUUCAGAAACACUAAAUCAACAAAUCAGGACAUCAUGAGUGCUAAAACUGAGAGAGGAAGAUGGUCCUGGAUGUCAUUCAUCUAACAGAAACUCAGUUUUUCUGGAGAAACAGUUUUCAGUUUUGGAGCGAAUGCAGAUUUAGAAGAGAAGAAACACCUGGUGGAUGUUUGUAAGAGGUUUUGCAUCAUGUAAAACUGAGCGUGGAUUACAAAGGGAUUUUUUUGCAUUGCACGUUUUUAUGCAGAAAACUUUAUUACCAUUAUUUAUUCCCGCGAUCAGAGACGGUGCAGUGUUUGGUGCUCACUGGAAGGUGUUUAAACUCUAAAUCCUAUUAGGCUUCUUUAGCAGGUUAUUUUUAAACUCCGGCUCGGGACAGCCAGCAGCGCACGAACCGAUGGAUCUCAUGCAAACACACUUUUCUCUUUACGUGGCUUUUAUUUGAAGAUGUGAUGUGUUCAUAUGCGAGAAACACUCAAUGGUGUCUUUAGUUUGAGAGAAUUUUGUCUUAAUGAUGCUCCUAAAAACUGUUUUGAAUGACCUUUUUGCAAGUUAUUAGCAUCAGAUUGGGAUUUUUUUUUUAUUUUAUUUGCCUAUUAUGAAGUUUUAAUUGAAUUAUAUCACUAAAAACACUUCUUUAUUAGCUUAAACUACAAAUUGGUUUAGUUUGUGGCUUCAUAUUUACAUUUAUCUCGCAUUUUCAGGCAUGUUUGUCCACUAUUUAUUUUUUCCAGGAUUAGUUUGAAAGAUUCACAGUCAGCUGUGUUUACAUUAAUCUCAUGGCAUAAAAGCAUUUGAGUGUCUAAAAGCUCAGUCUGAAGCUAUCUGUUGCUCAAAACCAGCUGAGUGCGCGAUCUAUUGCUUAAAACUAGCUUAGAGCGCUGUUCGCGAUUAAAACUAGCUUAAGCACCACCUGCAGUUCAAAACUAACCGAGAACGGCAUCUGCUGUUAAAAACUAGUUUAGAGCACCAUCUGCUAUUUAACCUUCAUUUAACAUUCAUUAUUAGCAUCAUUUGACUGCUUUAUAAUACUAGCAUUAGACAUUUUUGUAGUCUUUUUAUAAGCAAUUUUAUCUGUUUCAGAAUCUAUUUUAAGGAUUAUUUGACUCGUGUUUAUUUUUGGAUCUUUUAGACCAAUUAUUUGACAUCUGGCAUUGGAUUAUAUUGGACAUCAUCAGAGCUUUACCACUUACAUUAUUUCCUGAGAUUUCCUUGAUUUUUUUUUUAUUGUGGAUCACCAUAUUGUCUGGCCAUGAGUCUGGGAAAGCUGCCGGCGAUUAAAGGCUUGGUGUCCACGUCUCAGAGUAGACGGCGCUUUAAGAGCGAGCUGUCGGUGGACAUGAUCAGUCCGCCGCUCGGAGACUUCCGCCACACCAUGCAUGUGGGACGUGGUGGAGACGUUUUUGGGGACACCUCAUUUCUGAGCAACUACGGCGGCUCUGGUCACAGUGAUGCCCAGCGGUGUCCAGAUUCACCACCAGGCUCCAAAACGACACGGUUUCUGUCACGAACUCUUCAGCACGUGCGGAAGACGCCUGCGCCCCGGCCGAGAGGAGGGUCCCGGGACUUCUCUUCACCGCCUCCACCGAUCUCACCCAUCAUCAAAAACGCCAUCUCUCUGCCUCAGCUCAACCUGAGUAAUGGUGGCCUGAUGAGGACCAUGCUGCACACCUCCACCAGCUCUCCGGACCGCCCGCUCUGCUCCUACGGUCUUCCAUCUGGUUUCGUCACGCUGCCUCGUUUCUCUCGACUGGACCAGAGCUUUGCAGAAGCGCCUGAAUCACCCCGUACUGACAGUCGACGCAGCAGUGAGGUCUCGUUGUCGCCAUCUGAUUCGCUGUCGUCCUUCACGGUGGACCUUGGCCCCUCCCUCAUGACUGAGGUUCUGGAGAUAAUUGACAACUCCUGCAGUCUCCUGAAGAGCCGCGAGGAGGAGGACGAGGAUCAGCGGAGCGCAGGGUCUGACAGGGAAAAUCAGCUGUCCGAUGACUCUGUGCUGCGUUCGGUCACUGCAGACGUGGCCAUCGAGCCCAGGAGGUUCCAGCAGGCCGCUAGCAUGCUAGCACGACACUUUGGAGGAAGAGCUGAAGAGGAGCGGCAGAGACCUUCAUCUUUUAGACACACAAGGACGCCGUACAGCUUCACUGAGACAGAGGAAGAAAUCAAAGUAUGAGCGGCAGGAAUUGAAGAGCUGUGACAUUACAAAUCCAGUUAAUUUAGCUUUAAGAUAAACAUCAUUUGGGCGACAUGGUGGCUUAGUGGUUUGCACUGUCGCCUCACAGCAAGAAGGUCGCUGGUUCAAGCCCAGCUGGGUCAGUUGGCA